UCCCCACUAGUGUCUGGCUUCGGAGCUGGGCGCACCGGCUUCGUCAGAAGGUGGAAAGCUCACUGGGGGGAAGCUGCUGUCUCCCUCUCGGCCACACCGCUUGUCUCCCCACCCCCGCGCGCCCCCCUUCUUUCCCCCUCUCCGCGCUCUCCCUCCCUUCCUCCCUCCGUACCACACCUCCUCUCUACUCUCGAGCCGAGCGAGCUGCCUGAGCCCACACUCGCGCUCGCUCCGCUCCCCAGCCCCCUGCGGAUGAGCGGAGAGGAUGGAGGCAGGGUACCCGGAGCCGGCAAACUCUCCAACCAGAGCCUGCGCCCUCGGCUUCUGCUAAACUGACCCAAGAAGAGAAAGAAGAGACAAAUCUAACAAACCCAUCCCACCCCUUCCUUCCAUCCCUCCUCACAUCUAUUCCAUUAGCCAAGCUCCCACCCAAAUAGCAAGAUUGUGGUUUAUUUGGGGGAGGGGGCUGGAAUAGAGGACUGAUACACUGCAGCUGGACCUUGGCUUCUCCUCCUGCUACUUGACCCAUCCACCCGGUCGUUCAGAAUGAAGAAGAUGAGCAACAUUUAUGAAUCAGCUGCCAAUACACUGGGAAUCUUUAACAGUCCCUGUCUGACAAAAGUUGAGCUGCGGGUAGCAUGCAAAGGUAUUUCUGACAGAGAUGCCCUUUCGAAGCCAGACCCCUGUGUUAUCCUCAAAAUGCAGUCCCAUGGACAGUGGUUUGAGGUGGACCGAACGGAAGUGAUUCGAACCUGCAUCAACCCUGUUUACUCUAAAUUGUUCACGGUAGACUUUUACUUUGAAGAAGUGCAGAGGCUGAGGUUCGAAGUCCAUGAUAUCAGCAACAACCACAAUGGUCUGAAGGAAGCUGACUUUCUUGGUGGCAUGGAGUGUACUCUUGGACAGAUCGUUUCACAGAGGAAGCUGUCCAAAUCCUUACUGAAGCAUGGAAACACUGCAGGAAAGUCUUCCAUAACGGUGAUUGCUGAGGAGUUAUCCGGCAAUGAUGACUAUGUUGAACUGGCAUUUAAUGCACGGAAAUUGGAUGACAAGGAUUUCUUCAGUAAGUCUGAUCCAUUUCUGGAAAUCUUCCGCAUGAAUGAUGAUGCUACUCAACAGCUUGUACACAGAACUGAGGUUGUGAUGAAUAACUUAAGCCCAGCUUGGAAAUCAUUCAAAGUCUCCGUAAAUUCUCUGUGCAGUGGGGACCAAGACCGUCGCCUGAAGUGCAUCGUCUGGGACUGGGACUCCAAUGGCAAGCAUGAUUUCAUCGGAGAAUUUACCUCGACCUUCAAGGAGAUGAGAGGAGCGAUGGAAGGAAAACAGGUACAGUGGGAAUGCAUAAAUCCAAAGUACAAAGCCAAGAAGAAGAAUUACAAGAAUUCGGGCAUGGUUAUUCUGAACUUGUGCAAGAUCCACAAGAUGCAUUCCUUCUUAGAUUACAUCAUGGGUGGAUGCCAAAUCCAGUUUACAGUAGCAAUAGACUUCACAGCAUCCAAUGGGGAUCCCAGGAACAGCUGUUCUUUGCACUAUAUCCAUCCUUACCAACCUAACGAAUACCUGAAAGCCUUGGUAGCUGUUGGGGAGAUCUGCCAAGACUACGACAGUGACAAAAUGUUUCCAGCUUUUGGGUUUGGAGCCAGGAUACCUCCAGAAUACACGGUCUCUCAUGACUUUGCAAUCAAUUUUAAUGAAGACAACCCAGAAUGUGCAGGAAUCCAAGGAGUCGUUGAAGCCUAUCAGAGCUGCCUCCCUAAGCUACAACUCUAUGGACCCACCAACAUUGCCCCUAUCAUCCAAAAGGUGGCCAAAUCUGCAUCUGAGGAGACCAACACCAAGGAGGCAUCGCAAUAUUUCAUCCUGCUGAUCCUGACAGAUGGUGUGAUCACAGACAUGGCUGACACCAGGGAGGCUAUCGUCCAUGCCUCCCACCUCCCCAUGUCAGUCAUCAUAGUCGGUGUUGGCAAUGCCGACUUCAGUGAUAUGCAGAUGCUGGACGGGGACGAUGGGAUCCUGCGGUCCCCAAAGGGAGAGCCCGUCCUUCGAGACAUCGUCCAGUUUGUGCCAUUCAGGAACUUUAAGCAUGCUUCUCCAGCUGCACUUGCAAAGAGUGUUUUGGCAGAAGUUCCAAAUCAAGUUGUGGACUAUUACAAUGGCAAAGGAAUUAAACCAAAAUGUUCCUCAGAAAUGUACGAGUCUUCCAGGACGCUAGCACCAUAAACUUCUCCACACACUUUUACAGAGUUCUCAAAUAUUAUUCCUGCUAAUACUUAAUAUUCCUACUACUCCAGUACUUAAAAAAAAUUAAACUAGCACGUUUUGGUGAUUUUUAACUGACAUUUUCUCUGCAUGUGUAGCCCCAAGGCUUGGAUCUAUUAAGCAAUUGUAUUGUUGAAGACUUUUUAUGAAGAAAAAAAAAACAAUUUACUCUUUACAUUACAGCAUGUCGCCUUGAAAUAAAAUGGUAUCUGUAUCCGUUUUUUAUACAGGUUUGUUGAAAUUUUGCUAAAUUUCUUAUUAUCUUUACACUAUAAAGCAUUUUGAAACAUUUACUGGGCAUCAAUAGCCAAAAAAUAAAAGUAUUUGGUUUUCUCUGCUAAAAGAUGAAAGAAUUUUUCAAAAUGGCAGAUGCAUGGACUGUAUUUUGCAUGUUUCCAAUAAAAAUAAUACCAUUUUGCUGUUGUUGUCUAUGAUUCUUCCAUGCCAAGACUGGCUUCUUCCUGCCAGGCUCUGCUUAGGGAAGGGAGUGACACAAAGAAAGGAAAAUUUCAAGAAGAGGUCCUGGAUCUUCUAGAAGACUUUAGGGUUGAAUAAGAAGAUCAGCUCAAAUAGGCUAUUUCUACUCUGCUGGAGAAGCACACCAUCUCUAUGCUAGUAGCAGAAUGACCAUAGCGAACUACAAAGGGAAGAAUGAAGGAAAGAGAGUAAAUCCAUCAUGUACACAAUUCAUUAUUGUACCUCUCACUAAAGAGUAGAGGAGCAUGGUCCAGCCCUGUCUCCCCAUGUUAGUAAAUGACUGGGAUGGCUCCAUCUUUAUGUCAUCACCCAGAAACUAUGUGGAAUAGAUCUUAAAGGACCCUGCCAACUCAAUUCACAAAAAAUGAGGCUACAUGAUAGGAUUCCAAGGCAGACCUCAUUUGCCUCAGCUUGAGUAUAUUUAUGGGAUCGCUAGGUUGAUAUUUCCUUUUUCACUCAUAGUGUCAAAAUCUGUUUUGAAACAUUAACUAAAAACAUCAAAAUGUUAGGCAGGUUUUUUUUUGUUUGUUUUAGAGAGGGGGAAGAGAGUAGUAAUGCCUUCUUGAUUUUUAAACUGGCCUAUUUUUUGGAAAAAUUUGUAAUAUUUUAUUUCUAUAAAUCUCAUGGAGUCAUUAUAUCUAAGUUUGAAUCCCAGCCCUGCCAUGAACUAACUGUGUAAUUUGGUGCAAGCUGCUGAUCUUCUCUAGGUCUCAAUUUUCCUCAACUACAAAAUGAGGCCAUUGAACUUUAUGGUCCCUGAGGUUCCUUCCAACUUUAGAUCUAUUUCUCUCAUGGAUAGAAGGGGCAAGUGCUUUAUAAGCAUGAGGAGUAGAAGGUAUAAAUGGUUUUCCUUUGGAGGAAUGAGGAAGUAAAUUUCAAGUCAAUACUGAGCAUUUUUAUUAUUUGUUGAUUAUGUUUUAGGUUUGUUGUUUACUUGUUUUUUUUUUAAAUGGGUAAAUCAGAGACCUUGUGUGAUCUACAUUGUCUUCAUGGUAGCUCCUAACUCUGCAAAUACAUGUCAGCCAAAUGCACAACAUUUUGGGAAUGAUGGUGAACUGUUUGAAAAAAAUCACAACUAUUUAAACUGUAUUGUUUUAUGAAUAAAUUGGGUUCUACAGCA